UCACAUACUCAGGCUGAUGCAGCUUCUGGAAUGGCUGUCCAUGAUGACUGCAAGUUGAAAUUUCUGGAGUUGAAAGCUAAAAGAACUUAUGGUUUCAUAGUAUUCAAGAUCGAGGAGAAACAAAAGCAAGUUAUCGUGGAAAAGCUUGGCGAGCCAACUCAAAGCUACGAGGAUUUCACCGCAAGCCUUCCUGCUGAUGCAUGUCGAUAUGCUGUAUAUGAUUUCGAUUUUCUGACAGCUGAGAAUUGCCAGAAAAGCAGGAUUUCCUUCAUUGCAUGGUCUCCAGACACAUCAAGCGUGAGAAGCAAGAUGAUUUAUGCAAGCUCGAAGGACAGGUUCAAGAGAGAGUUGGACGGUAUUCAAGUAGAGCUGCAGGCAACUGACCCAGCCGAGAUGGAACUCGAUGUUAUUAGAAGCCGCGCCAAUUAAAUGGGAGUCUCCAAGAAGCACGAAUAAUGGAGAUAAUGAAAUACUCUCUGGUU